AUGGCGACUCCAUCAGGAAAACCGGGCGCAACGCCUACGCAUCUCACCUCAUCUCCACACCCGUCUUCUGCACCUCUCUCUCGCUCCGUCGCUCAUAAAUCGCCCUCAAUGAGAACGCCAACGGCCUCAAACCCGGGCCCAACACAACUUCCCAACACAUCAUCACACCAAUGUGCGACGCCUCUCAAUGCGCCAACUGCUGUGGAUCCCAAUGACCCCGUCAGUUUCAGCUCUCCUUCGGCGCUACUCGCACUCGGCGGCUAUGCUGGCAUUAGUCCAUCCCCGGCAGUACACGAAAAUUUGGUUGGCCCUGGUAUGAAUGAAAACGAUAUUCAGAACCUCGGUAUGCAAGGCAUGAAGCUCGGCGUUACUAGAGAUAGCGACGUGGAACAGCGACAACGGAUCGAGGAGGUCGUUCGGCUUCUAGCUACGCGCGUGACAGGAAGAGGUGUCUCUCGAGAGGGUAUUGAGCGCUUAAGUAAUUUGCAAGGCUUUGAAUCCCUCUGGCAGAAUGACAACAUCAACAUUGCGGGCAACUUUGUCGACCUGGAGAUCGAAUUUCAUGCUGGCUAUGAUGUUGUCAAGGACGUCAGUUUGCGAUAUGCGACACCCGAGUACGAGGAAGGAGAGCGGCGAGAAGCUGCUACUCUUGUACUCAAACGCAAUCUUGUACAAUCCCCCGAGGACGCUGAUGCGGGAAGGUGGAGAAAGCCGGACAAUUUCUACGAGAAUCUGCAAUGGCUUGCCAAGCUGGACAAGCUCAGCCAAGAAGUCAACUGCUUCGAAGCACUGGAGGGCCUUGAAGAAGGCUUCAAACGUAUCUGGGCCGAAGAAGAGAAGAACGGCAAAUAUGGUGGUGAAAACCAACACCUCUGUACCAGUGUCAUCGGUCGUCCGACCAUGCACAGGGGCUAUCGGAUCGGACUAGGGCUGGAUUACUGGGCUGAACAACCCAAGCUUCUAGAUGUACAAGCGGCUAAAGCAGCGGCGGCCUCCGCUGACGCAAUGGCAAUUGAUCAGCCACAAAACUCAGACGCAGACACGAAAGACCUGGAUAAGUUAUGGACGAUGUUGAUUGAAUGCGAGGAAGGAUAUCCGUCCCUGCGAAUUUCGAAGGAGUGGGUAGGAGGCGAGGUUUUCACAGCCGGAGAGAACAGUAAGGCAAUGCCCUCUGCAGGAUCCGCAGGGUCUGCGAACUGGCUUGAUCCUCCGCAGACAAUGCGACUGUCACAUGGAAACCAUCCAGACCCCAUGGCUCUUGAUUCAAGCAUGCUGGAGCAGUCCCCUCCGAAUCGCCGUUUUGUGGCUAAACUAGAACCUGCUCUUGAUGUUCCCAUUCUCGCUGCGUCUGAAAUCUAUCGACACUUUGGGAUGCAAUUGCCCCAAGACUUCAAAAUGGUCACCUAUGACGGGAUGCUGGUUCCCGGAUCAGCCACAGAUUCAUCGGCUCAGCCGGGCCGCAGAAAUCAUAAUGGCUCGGUCCUUGCAGUCGAUUCUCACGGUGUGUCAUCCAUGAAGGAGCACAGAUAUUCGUUCCAGGCAUUUGAGUCCGUUGCAGGCCGAACCAUUCGCGAUCUCCCAUUCUCUCACCCUCGGCAGGUGGCCGAGAUACUCCCAGUCCUACGCCAAUACGCUCUACUUGCGAGCCUCAUUCGAAGAGUUUUUAAAACCCCGGCGCCCGUGAAGAAGGAAGCAGAGAAGCCAACAGAGGCUUUGAGCAGCAGACCCGAUUCGCCGGAUGAGAACCUAACCUUUCUGUCAAAGACUGGAAUUACCAUUCUGAGCAAUGAGGAUCCCAACAAGGAUAAUUUGGAGGAUCUCAUGAGCGGCAAAGGCCACGGCUCCCGUGCCAACUCUAUGGUAAGUGAUCAGCAGGAUGACGAGGCCGCGAGCCAAAGCACUGACAACAGCCAGUCUGUCAUGGUUGACAUCACAUUGCGCACACAACUCGGACAAGCACCCGCCAUCAUUCUUUACUUCACCGAUCUUAGCCGGACUACUGGAAAUCUCUCCCCCACCACCAUUUGCUUCGAGGUCGGCCUCAAUGGUCGGGUUACCGUGGCAAACAGUUCUGGACUUGUGGAAGACAAGGAAGACGACAGCGGUGACUCGAAAAUGCAAGAGGCGGAUGACUCGGAGUUGCAGGCAAUCCAUAAGAAGAUUGCCAAGGUCAUGGAGGUCUCCCAGGAUAUCGGUAUCACGGUGGAGUGGGUCCUGCGCUGGCAGCGGGGGCGGGACGGCAGUGGCUGA